UGUCCAAUGAGACAAAGCAGGAGGAAGGUCUAUCUGAUCUCAGGUCGCCUGGUGUGGAGCUCCUUCCUGCCUGCGGAGCACAGACAGAAGAGAGGUGAAGGAGUUUGACCCGAAGGAGAGUUGGACCCAUAGGAGAGUUGAACCCAAAGGAGAGUUGAACCCAAAGGAGAGUUGGACCCAAAGGAGAGUUGGACCCAAAGGAGAGUUGGACCCAAAGGAGAGUUGGACCCAAAGGAGAGUUGGACCCAAAGGAGAGUUGGACCCAAAGGAGAGUUGGACCCAAAGGAGAGUUGGACAAGCUUUAAUACAACAUAAUUUUAACAUAGCUGGCUAAAUCGUAACCUCUCGCUUUUAACUUAGAUUUGUGAAACAACACGUAUUUUUUUUUCAAAGUUCACGGACAUGUUUGAGAAGAUCGCUCGUCGUUAUUAACUUGUUACCGGUGUUUACGGUGUCUACCACCACCACCCCCGUGUACCCGUUACCCCUCCAGCCCCUGGGUCCUGUCUCUCUCUUCUGCCUCUCAGCUAACCUCGAUCUGGGAAAGAUGGUGUCGUGGAUGAUCUCCAGAAGCGUUGUGCUCGUCUUCGGGACCCUGUAUCCUGCAUACUAUUCCUACAAAGCAGUGAAAACCAAAAAUGUCAAGGAAUAUGUCCGUUGGAUGAUGUACUGGAUUGUGUUUGCUCUCUACACCGUAGUGGAGACCAUCACAGACCUCACUGUAGCCUGGUUCCCCCUAUACUAUGAGAUUAAGAUAGCAUUUGUUAUCUGGUUGCUGUCUCCCUACACCAGAGGAGCUAGUCUCAUCUACCGGAAGUGUCUCCAUCCUCUACUGUCCUCAAGAGAGAGGGAGAUAGAUGAGUACAUUGUCCAGGCCAAGGAGCGUAGCUACGAGACCAUGGUGACCUUCGGCAAGCAGGGCCUAAGUAUAGCUGCUACUGCAGCUGUCUCCGCAGCUGUCAAGGGCCAGGGGGCGAUCACAGAGAAGCUGAGGAGCUUCAGUAUGCACGACCUGACUCAGAUACCCCUCGACGACGCAGCAGCCAAUCAGAUCUAUACGGCCCAUGCCGGCAACCCUGCCGUGAGCAGGAGGGCGCUCGCCGCAAACUCGACCGACAGAACAGAGUACUAUGCCUAUGAUCAGGAGGACAGGACAGAUGAGGAGGGGGAACAACUUUUCUCAGAGGACGAGGCUGUCACCCAGAGAGGUCUGAGGAGGUCCCAGAGUGUCAAGAUCGUGCGCUCUAAAGCCCGCAAAGAUGCCCGUUAUGGAUCUCUGAAGAUCAAAGGGAAGCGGAGGCCGGUUCUGACUGCUGCUACCUACAGUGCCAUGUAAUGACCAGUCCAGGAGACGUGACUGCUGGCUGGUGCCAUGGAUGGGUUUCCUUCUGUAGUGCUCUACUGUUGACCAGAGCACGGUGGGUCCUGGCUAAAAGUAGUGCAUUAUGGGCCCUGGCCAACAGUAGUGCACUAGAAUGGAAAUAGGCUUUUUGGGACGGACCAGGAAAUCAGUCAACAAUUCAGGAAGGACUACUGACGGCUCCAACAUCCAUAUCAGUGACUACUGACGGCUCCAACAUCCAUAUCAGUGACUACUGACAUGUCAGACCAUCCAUUCUAUGGAGAACGAGGCUGUGGAACUGUUCUGCUGGUGUUUUUAAAACUGUCCUGGGGUCUAAUUCUAUUCACGCUGGGAGCAUCUGUCUUUUUUUAAACGAACCAACAACUCACUAUAUUUAUGACAUUAUUCUGACUGUGUAUUUAAACCAUCGUACAGCAGUAGCUGUACAGAAAGAAUCUUAAGGUUUCCUGUCUUUUAGUUGUGUGUUUUUGUUGCAUGGAUCUUAUUUUCUGGGUCGUUUUAAUGUGAGGAUGUGGACUUUUUAGGAUCUUGGCUUUUUUUUGGAGGGGUUAUAUAAUUAAUUUAGCUUCAUUUUGUCAUAUAUGCUGCCUUGUAUUUUGAGUUUAGCCUAUUAAAUAGUAGAAUACAUUAUAAUAGUGACCAUUCUGACACACUUAAAAAGAUUGUUACCAAGUAACAGCUGACCAAAAAGUGUCCCUUAUUCCUUCCGGAGGAAUAAACCAAUGAUGAGAGAAAGGGAACAGAGAAGCCUGUUAAAUGUGUCCCAAAUGGCAUCAUUCCCUAUACAGGGCACUACCCAAUGGGCCCUGCUCUAAAGUAGUGCACUACGUAGGGAAUAGGGUUCCAAUGGGCCCUGCUCUAAAGUAGUGCACUGUGUAGGGAAUAGGGUUCCAUAGGGCCCUGCUCUAAAGUAGUGCACUACCCAAUGGGCCCUGCUCUAAAGUAGUGCACUACGUAGGGAAUAGGGUUCCAAUGGGCCCUGCUCUAAAGUAGUGCACUGUGUAGGGAAUAGGGUUCCAUAGGGCCCUGCUCUAAAGUAGUGCACUACCCAAUGGGCCCUGCUCUAAAGUAGUGCACUACCCAAUGGGCCCUGCUCUAAAGUAGUGCACUACGUAGGGAAUAGGGUUCCAAUGGGCCCUGCUCUAAAGUAGUGCACUGUGUAGGGAAUAGGGUUCCAAUGGGCCCUGGUCUAAAGUAGCGCACUACUACGUAGGGAAUAGGGUGCCAUUAGGGAUGCAAACCCAAUGUUGAGGUAUGUGUGUUGACUGUAACUGGCCUGUCCAGUUUGAAUGACUGCAUUUCCUGUUUUAGAUUUUGGAACAAAGCUUUUUUUCUCCCAUAACCAAUCUUUUUGCACUCUCUCUUCCAAAACGAUGUCCUUUUGUAAGGCUUUGAUGCCAUCUGUUUUACAAUGUGUCCUGCUGCAUUCUGGGAUGCUUUUAACGACGUGAUGAAACCGAUUUAAUACCAAAGCGUUAUCUCCUAAACCAGUGACCUGGGUCUGAUUCCUGUGGGAAUGUAUCAUAGAGGUGUUGUAAAUAAAUAUAUACAUUCAAAAAUG